ACCCAAAACUGCCCCUUCCUCAUUCCAGAAAAAAAUUAUAUAUUCUUUACUCUUCAGGGAUACUACCGUCCUUACCACAUGUAAAGCAUUAAAAACACGAUGUCGUUCUAGAAGAAACGUUCUACACUUCUUUCCCUUUCCAUUUCCUCUGUUUCCUUCUAUUGCCAACUCACACGCACAGACAAAAACAGAACAGGAAUAUACCCGUACACAUGCUUCCUUCCUCGAACUCUGUUUUCUUCUUUUUAACUAUCUUUUCUAAUAUUUUAGUGUUACAUAUACAGAGAUUUCUUCUACGACUUUCUUGCGUCUCAAGCAUGCUACUAUAGUUUAAUAGGCUAAAGCUUCUGUGCUGUACUUUGAAAGGGGGCUUAAAGGGCAUCAGGCCUUUUGUCUGGAACAAAUACUGUCAUGGCAUUUGCAAGGAUUGCCAGGACUGGCUUGAGAAGGACAGGAAGUACCUUUCGUAGUUAUGCAAGUGACAAGGGUACAUUGUGUGGGGGGUUAUCCGUUCAUAAAUGGUCUUCACCUUCCCUUAAAAAUGCCGCAGUAGGCGGCAAUCUGUCGUAUCUUUCCAGCAUCAAUAGGGUAAAUAAUGAGAAUUUUUGGAGCAGGGGAAUCAGUGUAACCCCAAAUUACCAAUUUCCUAAUGCAGAAAGGAUUAGAGAUGAGUCUGAAAAUGAGUAUGCUGAACCAAGGUAUCCAGGUCUGGAAGCAACCAAGCCUGGCGAAAAACCAAGGGUUGUUGUCCUUGGCACUGGAUGGGCAGCAUGCCGGUUCAUGAAAGGACUUGACACCAAAACUUAUGAUGUUGUCUGCAUAUCACCGAGGAAUCAUAUGGUUUUCACUCCUUUGCUUGCUUCAACUUGUGUUGGAACCCUUGAGUUUCGCUCUGUAGCUGAGCCUGUUAGUCGGAUACAGUCUGCAUUGGCAACAGGUCCCAACUCAUAUUUUUAUCUAGCUUCCUGCAUGGGCGUCGACACAGACAAGCAUGAAGUGUACUGUGAGACUGUUAGCAAUGGCGGAUUACCUCAAGAGCCUUACCGGUUUAAAGUUGCAUAUGACAAACUUGUCAUUGCUGCUGGAGCUGAGCCUCUGACUUUCGGAAUCAAGGGAGUGAAGGAGCACGCGUAUUUUCUCAGAGAAGUAAAUCAUGCUCAAGAAAUAAGGAAGAAGCUCCUCUUGAAUCUUAUGCUCUCUGAAAAUCCUGGCAUACCUGAAGAAGAGAAGAAACGCCUGUUACACUGUGUUGUUAUUGGAGGUGGCCCUACAGGGGUGGAGUUUAGUGGUGAGUUGAGUGAUUUUAUCAUGAGAGAUGUUCAAGAGCGGUAUGCUCAUGUCAAGGAUCACAUCAAGGUUACCCUGAUAGAGGCCAAUGAGAUUCUAUCAUCCUUUGAUGUUGGACUACGGCAAUAUGCAACAAAUCAUUUAACCAAGUCUGGUGUCCGUCUUGCACGAGGUGUAGUGAAAGAGGUGCAUCCCAAGAAAUUAGCUCUGAGUGAUGGAACUGAAGUUCCAUAUGGCCUCUUGGUAUGGUCUACUGGUGUUGGUCCCUCUCAAUUUGUGAAAUCAUUAGAUCUUCCCAAGUCCCCUGGUGGAAGGAUUGGCAUUGAUGAGUGGCUGCGGGUUCCUUCAGUAGAAGAUGUGUUUGCCCUUGGAGAUUGUGCUGGUUUUCUUGAACAGACAGGGAGGCCAGUGCUUCCUGCUCUAGCUCAGGUUGCAGAAAGGCAAGGGAAAUAUCUAGUAGGAUUGUUUAAUAAGAUUGGAAAGGAAACUGGAGGCAAGGCUUUCAGGGCAAAAGAUGUUCGUCUAGGAGAUCCUUUUGUUUACAAGCAUAUGGGCAGCAUGGCAUCGGUAGGACGUUAUAAGGCACUGGUUGAUUUGCGCCAGUCAAAGGAUGCUAAAGGGUUAUCACUUGCUGGAUUCUUCAGCUGGCUAAUCUGGCGCUCUGCUUAUCUUACACGAGUAGUUAGUUGGAGAAAUAGAUUUUACGUGGCGGUGAACUGGGCAACCACCCUGGUUUUCGGCAGGGAUAACUCCAGGAUUGGAUAGACUGAAACAGCAUCAUCCACUUCUACAAUUUUUUAUCCUUUGCCCGGUUUGAGCUGGUGAUCAGGCUCUGUAUUCCUUAAACGACCACGCACUUCGGAGAUGGGAUUGGAUCUAAUGUCUACAUUGUUAAACACCAUUGAUAGAUGGAAGUUGGAUAGAAGCGAUUGUUUGUUACACUUCUGUAAAUAAAAUAAAGGGCACUGCCCCGAUUCUUGUUUUGCCAUAUCCAUUGCAGUGGUUUUUAAAUUAUGAUCAUCAGUUGUAAUACUUGAAGAAAUCAUUAUUAUUAUUAUUAUUAUAGUAUAAUCUGGAUUAUUCUUA